UUUGGAGGGCUGGGCCGGGUUGGAGGGCCGAAGGGCCUUGAGGCGUCGGGGGUCUUCCCCUGCAGGGUGGGUGGGGGCUUUCACCACGUGGCUUCGCCUUUUUUUUUUCCGCUCCAUUUUUUUUCAAGUCGAUUUUAUUUAGAGGCGGCGCCAGGGCGGCCGCGGAGAAACGUGACACACCAGCCCUCUCGGAGGGGUUUCGGACAGAAGGGAAGGAGCCGCGCCGCGUCGUCCGCCUCCCAGCGCGCCGCGGGCACUUCUCCCGGGCCUCCCCGAACUCUCCCGCGACCUCUGCGCGCCCUCCGGCCGCCCCCCCCCGCCACCGCCCCGGCUCCGGACAACUUCAGGGGUAGGGUGCAAAGAAAGUUUGCGUCUGCUGCCGCCGCCUCCCGCCUCGGCCUAGGAGGCUCGCCGCCUGCGCCCGCCCGCUCGGCCUUGCCCGGGACCGCGUCCUGCCCGAGACCGCCACCAUGAACAAGCUGUACAUCGGCAAUCUCAACGAGAGCGUGACCUCCGCGGACUUGGAGAAAGUGUUUGCGGAGCACAAGAUCUCCUACAGCGGCCAGUUCUUGGUCAAAUCCGGCUAUGCCUUCGUGGACUGCCCGGACGAGCACUGGGCGAUGAAAGCCAUCGAAACUUUCUCCGGGAAAGUGGAACUGCAAGGAAAACGCCUAGAGAUUGAACACUCGGUUCCCAAAAAACAAAGGAGUCGGAAAAUACAGAUCCGAAAUAUUCCACCCCAGCUUCGAUGGGAAGUACUGGACAGCCUGCUUGCUCAGUAUGGGACAGUAGAGAACUGUGAGCAAGUGAACACUGAGAGUGAGACCGCGGUGGUGAAUGUCACCUAUUCCAACCGGGAACAGACCAGGCAAGCCAUCAUGAAGCUGAACGGCCAUCAGCUGGAGAACCACGCCUUGAAAGUCUCCUACAUUCCCGAUGAGCAGAUAGCACAGGGUCCUGAGAACGGGCGCCGAGGAGGCUUUGGCUCUCGGGGUCAGCCCCGCCAGGGCUCCCCUGUGGCAGCAGGGGCCCCGGCCAAGCAGCAGCAAGUGGACAUCCCCCUGCGGCUCCUGGUGCCCACCCAGUAUGUGGGCGCCAUCAUUGGCAAGGAGGGUGCCACCAUCCGCAACAUCACAAAACAGACCCAGUCCAAGAUCGACGUGCACAGGAAAGAGAACGCAGGCGCUGCUGAGAAGGCCAUCAGCGUCCACUCGACCCCCGAGGGCUGCUCCUCUGCCUGUAAGAUGAUCUUGGAGAUUAUGCACAAGGAGGCAAAGGACACCAAAACGGCUGACGAGGUUCCCCUGAAGAUCCUGGCCCAUAAUAACUUCGUGGGGCGUCUCAUUGGCAAGGAGGGGCGCAACCUGAAGAAGGUGGAGCAGGACACAGAGACAAAAAUCACCAUCUCCUCGCUGCAGGACCUCACCCUCUAUAACCCCGAGAGGACCAUCACCGUGAAGGGGGCCAUUGAGAACUGCUGCAGGGCAGAGCAGGAGAUCAUGAAGAAAGUUCGGGAAGCCUAUGAGAAUGACGUGGCUGCCAUGAGUCUGCAGUCUCAUCUCAUCCCCGGCCUGAACUUGGCUGCUGUGGGUCUUUUCCCAGCAUCGUCCAGUGCAGUCCCACCGCCCCCCAGCAGCGUCACCGGAGCCGCUCCCUACAGUUCCUUUAUGCAGGCUCCGGAGCAGGAGAUGGUGCAGGUGUUCAUUCCUGCCCAGGCGGUGGGCGCCAUCAUCGGCAAGAAGGGGCAGCACAUCAAACAGCUCUCUCGUUUCGCCAGCGCCUCCAUCAAGAUUGCUCCUCCUGAAACUCCUGACUCCAAAGUUCGUAUGGUCAUCAUCACUGGACCCCCAGAGGCCCAAUUCAAGGCUCAGGGAAGAAUUUAUGGAAAACUCAAAGAGGAGAACUUCUUUGGUCCCAAGGAAGAAGUAAAGCUGGAGACACACAUCCGGGUGCCAGCGUCGGCAGCUGGCCGGGUCAUCGGCAAAGGUGGCAAAACGGUGAAUGAGCUGCAAAAUUUGACUGCAGCUGAGGUGGUGGUGCCAAGAGACCAGACCCCUGAUGAGAACGACCAGGUCAUCGUCAAGAUCAUCGGGCAUUUUUAUGCCAGCCAGAUGGCUCAGCGGAAGAUACGAGACAUCUUGGCCCAAGUCAAACAGCUGCACCAAAAGGGACAGAGUAACCAGGCCCAGGCUCGGAGGAAGUGACCAGCCCCCUCCCGUCAUGUCGACUCAAGGACAACAGGCUGAAAUCGAGAGCAUGUUCUCCCCAGCAGGCCUGAGAAUGAGUGGGAAUCAGGGACACUUGGGCCGGGAUGUGUGUAGAUCAGGUUUGCCCACUUGGCUUGAGAAAGAUGUUCCAGUGAGGAACCCUGAUCUCUCAGCCCCAAACACCCAACCAAUUGGCCCAACACUGCCCACCCCUCAGGGUGUCACCGUGGAAAUUCUAGCUCAGGGUGCUUUUAAACGUGGAUUGUUUAAGUUCUCCAAGUCCCACCAAGAGGGUGGGUCAGACCCCAGUGGGAAGAGAAAUAAAAUUUCCUUCAGGUUUUUAAAACAUGUAGAGGGGUGCUUUGAUCAGCCUCAAAGGAUGGUUUUCUUCUUGACCCUGAAAUCCUUCCAGCCUUGUCCUACUUGGUUUUAUUGAUUAAAAUACCUCUAUUCUCGUGCCCUGACAUAGCCUCUUCCUACAUUCACGCUGUCCUGUCUUAACCGCUGCCAGCAGAAGUGGGAACCAGUGCAUUGCUUUCCUUACAUUAUUGAUUCAAAGGGAGAAGACACGCCAGCAUCUGCAGUUUAAUUCCAAUCCCUUCCUAACCAACCAGUAGGCACAACAAGGAAUAGAGAGAGAAUGGGGGAGAAACAUGAUUAAAAUUUAUAGUAAUCCACGUUUAAAAGGAGUGCCCUUGUGGCUGAUCUAGUCCAGAUCACCACCUUGAAAAAUUGGCACAGGUGAAAUUUGCCCCUCUGUUGGGGCUUCCCCACAAGAUUCCUCACCCCAUUCAUGUCCCUCUAACCAUGUGAGUCCCACCUCAUGUCCAGGUGCACCUGGGUGGUGCUAAGUGCUCAGCAGGGUGGGGCCGACCACUGUACUGUCCCUGAUUCCCAUCAUUCUCAGGCAGAUUUUAUAUUUUUUUAAAGUCUAUUUUAAUGAUUGGAUAUGAGCACUGGGAAGGGGAUACUAAAUCCCCUUGAUAAAGUCUCAGUUCCAUGGAGGGCUUGAGUGACCCUAAAGGCUGCCACUGUGCCCUCACCCCGGCCCAUGUGCUCCCAGAAGGGCUGGUUCCCAGAAGCAGGGGUUGCGGGGCACUCCCCCCCACGGCACUGUUCCCUUGGUGGUGGUGGGACGUGGAACCCGACCCUCAGCUCCUGAUAAAGCUGAAGUCCAUCAUUUGGCAUAUAUUAUGAAUAUUCAGUAACUUGGAGAGUAUUUGCUUCUGUUUUUAUCCUAGAGGCAUAUUUAACUGAUGGCUUCUGUCUCCACGAGUCAUUGGCAUGAUGUAAUGUGUGCCUAAAAAAAGAAAA